AUGGAGACCGGCGGAGCCCUCCUCCCGCCUUCUCCCGCCGCCGCCGCCUCCGCCGGAGAGGAGGGCCCAGAGCGGUGGCGCCGCCAGUCGUCGGAGGAGGAACGGCGGAAUGCGGCGGGCAUCUCCGGCGAGGCGGCGGUGGUGGUGGAGGAGAGCGGAAGGGAGAGGCUGAAGCGGCACAGGGUGGCGAUGGGGGGGAGCGUGUGGAUACCGGAGAGGUGGGGGAAGGAGGAGCUCCUCAAGGACUGGAUCGACUGCGCCGCCGUUGACCGGGCCCUCGUUCCCGCCGGGUUGACCUCGGCCAGGGAGGCGCUCGUGGAGGAGCGCCAACGAGUCGACUCCGUCGUCUUCCCCGCGGAGAGCCAGUGCCUCACCGCUUGGGCCACGUAA